AUGGCAGAGGCAAAAGCUUCUUCUCCGUCGUUGUCUCGUCAUCAAAUCCAUGCAGCAUUGAACAAAGUAAUAGACAAAGUAAGCGGUCUUGUUUCUUCUUCUCAUCAUGUCGAUGUGGCAAAAGUCAUACUCGAAAAGGAAGGCCUUAAACUUCCUCGUCACUUGGAGGCUGCUUUCACUAAAGUAGUAGUGGACCGCGAACAACAACAUCUGACUCCUGAACAAAUUGUUGGUCUCUUUGGAAGGACGUAUGGUGUCAAUAUGGCUCAUGGAAAUUUCGAUGAUGGCUCGCUCGAUGGAAACAAGUGUGACAUUUAUAUUAACAGGUAUGAAGCAUACGAUAGUCCUCAUGGAUGCACAUUUGAAGGCGAAGUAAUAACAACGACGACAAUGAACAAUACAGAAUGUGCAAGGAAUGUUAAGGGAGAAGGGAAAACACCUUGUUCAGCUUUACUCGAUGCUCUCUUCAACCAGCAGUCGGACUACAAAGUUACAGUUGUGGAUUCACAUGAGCACAAAAUAAAAGAGCCCCAUAGUAGACUAAGCAAGAAAGUUGCCUACUAUGUGGAAUGUUCGGUUCAGUAUUCAGAUGGUCGUGUUGAUGUUAUUUUUGGAGUGGGAACAGGUGCUGAAGGGAACGAUGCUGCUCGUCAAGCAGCUCUUUCUGCGGCCACUCAGCUACUGAAUUCACCACCAACCGAUGCUCACCCGAAGAAAGAAGCCAAGAUCUCGGAGGACUCAGACUAUUUAUGA